AUGGCGAUUUGUGGGAUGGAUGCGGGGCCACGGCCACUGGUGCUUUGUGUCAGUGGCGGAUCCGACUCCGUUGCGCUGCUUCUCCUGGUAUCCCAAGAGAAGUACGGCUGGCACCUGCACGUGCUUCACUUCAACCAUGGUCUGAGGCCGGAGUCUGCGUCGGAAGAGAGCUUUGUGGAGGGCCUGGCCCUAUCUGCCGAUGCGAAGUUCCACCUUCGAAGGGCCGACGGCGCCAGGCUCAAAUCUGCAGCUGGCGGUAUGCAGGCAGCUGCGAGGGCAUGGCGUCGCCAGGAGGCUUUGCAGCUCCUGGAGAGCUUGGAAGGCUCAGCUGCGUCAGGCUCAGGCGCCGUGCUGCUGGCACACCACGCCGACGAUCAGGUGGAGACGCAGUUGCUCAAGCUCCUCCGUGGUGGGCACCUGGCCCGGCUGAGCGGCAUGAACUUGAUGGAAGGACGCUUCGCACGUCCCCUUCUGGGCAUUCGGAAGCAGGAGUUGCAAGCUUUCUUGAAGUCUGUGGGGCAGGAGUGGAAGGAGGAUGCAUCCAACCAGGAACCGGUUUACCAGCGGAACCGCAUUCGUCUGCAGCUGGUACCUCUUUUGACUGAGUUAAUUGGUGGGGAGGAUGCGCUGCACGGCCGUUUCGAAGCUUUGGCGGAGCAGAGUGAGCAGCUGUCGUCGAUGUUGGACGAUGCCUGCAAGGAGGUGGGGGGGCCUUCCUUCCCUGAGAGUUUUGGCGAGCACGAAGCGGGAGCGGCGGAAGCUCAGGAAGUGCAGCGAGUUCUGGACAUUUCGAGCUUCGGGCAGCUCUCGGAGAUGGUACGCCAGGAGCUCCUUUGGCGUUUCGUGGCGACCGGCUGCGGGAACAUGCUGAGCUACCCAGCUGUACGGGCCAUUGCAGCCGGCCUCGCCUCAAAAAACUCUUCAGAGCCCUUCACCUGGCCAUUGGGGUCCGGUUGGCAGCUUCGGAAGCUGGCGGCAAAGCCGGAACUUGUUCUAAGCCACAAGGAGGAGAGCGAGGAGGAAGCUUGGAUCGUCGAGGACCUUCGAGUUCGUCGCAACUUUACACCCGGCCUUUCACUUCGAGUUUCGCGCGAUGGGACACUCGAAAGCCACAGCGAGGCGGCCGAAAACUCCUGCCGCUUCCUGCUCGACUUGCCACUGAACGCCACUGUGGUGCUCCGUGGGGCAAAGCCCGGCGACCGCUUCUGCCCCGGCUUGAGCAGCCGGGCGCGUGCCAUCAAGCUCACCUACUUCUUGCACCGGGAGAUGAAGGUCCCGAGGGAGGCGAGGUAUGGAUGGCCGGUGAUUGCAAUCCAAGCUCCGAAGCUGCCGGAAGUGGUUGCAGCUGUUCUGCCCUCCUUCGCCGCCGGCGACUUCUCUGCCACGAACUUCAGUCGCUCGCCUGUUCUUGUGGAGGUGGCCUGGACGGAGCCUUGGCCUGGGCUGGCGACGGAAAAGUCUCAGCCCGAGCUCUCCGCCGUCAGCCGUGGGCCUGAGCCCAACAGCCUACGCCCCACCAACCCCUAG